GGGCUUCGCCUAAAUUUAAAGGGCCCGCUGACUUCCAGAAGUUGGUCUGAAGGCAAACGGUGGUUUUAUGUGUGGACUGCGUUUUGUCAUGGGACCUGUGCGGCUAGAGAUACUGCUUUUCAUCCUGGCAGCGUACGGUGCUUGGGCUGAGGCGACAAAAGAGGAGGAAGAUGACACAGAACGUUUGCCCAGCAAAUGCGAAGUGUGUAAGCUGCUGAGCAUGGAGCUCCAGGAAGAGUUGAGUCGAACUGGCCGAUCCCGAGAAGUGCUGGAGCUGGGUCAGGUGCUAGACACAGGCAAGAGGAAGAGACACGUGCCUUACAGCCUCUCUGAGACGAGGCUAGAAGAGGCUUUGGAGAAUUUGUGUGAGCGGAUCCUGGAUUACAAUGUUCAUGCUGAACGCAAGGGCUCACUAAGAUAUGCCAAGGGUCAAAGUCAGACUAUGGCAACACUGAAAGGCCUGGUCCAGAAGGGAGUGAAAGUGGAUCUGGGAAUCCCUUUGGAGCUGUGGGACGAGCCCAGUGUGGAGGUCACAUUCCUCAAGAAGCAGUGUGAGACGAUGCUAGAGGAGUUUGAAGAUGUUGUAGGGGACUGGUACUUCCACCAUCAGGAGCAGCCCCUCCAGCAUUUUCUCUGUGAACGGCAUGUGCUUCCAGCCUCUGAAACUGCUUGUCUACGGGAAGCUUGGACUGGAAAGGAGAAGAUCAGUGAUGGGCAGGAGGAGGCAGAUGACGAAGAGGAGGAAGAAGAAGAGAUAACCAAGACUUCAGGCAAUCCCAAGCAUGACCCAGAAGAUCUUUGACCCUUACUUUUGAACCCCAAGGAUGGGUUGUGGAGAGUUUUCGAAACUCUUGUGCUCUCCCUUCCCCGUCCCUAGGCUUAUAACUGUCUUUGUAUGAUCUCGGCUAUGAUCCUGGGGACCCAGAAUGGCAACAGGAAAGAAUGGUGUGUGUGUGUGGGGGGGGGGGGGGGGGGAGAAGCAGAAGCAAGUUUUGCCUUCGGAGUUGAACCACAUGCAGCCACUUAAUUGAAUAAGUAUGUGGUGACAGUAUUGAAA